AUUUUUUAUUCUCUCAUAGGAACGGGGUCUUAACCUUCUAAAUUGCUGAAAUAUUAGAAGCACACGAUAGUCUGCAAGAAUGAGCUAUCCUCCACCACCCCCGGGUGGACACUACCCUCCCCCUGGUCCAGGGGGAGGAUAUCCACAACAACAGCCAGCAUACCCAGGUGCCCAGCCUAACCCAGCUUACCCUCCUGGGGGUCAGACGUACCCCCCUCCAGCCCAGGGCUACCCCGGGGGAGGACCUGCAGCUCCACCUUAUGGUGGUGCACCCCCUGGCUAUGGCAUGGCUGCCCCAAGCUAUCCAGCACCCGGGGCUAUGCAUGGCGCACCCGCGGCUAUGCAUGGCGCACCAGGGGCUAUGCAUGGCGCACCAGGGGCUAUGCAUGGCGCACCCGGGGCUAUGCAUGGCACGCCCGGUGCACCAAUGUACCAUGCACCAGCUGGGCAUGUUGGUGUUGCAGUCGGAGCAUAUGGACAUGGACAUAAGAAGCACAAGAAAGAGAAGAAGAAGAAGUACAAGCACGGCGGCAAGUCCAGUUCCUCCUCGUCGAGCUCAAGCAGCUCAAGUGACUCUGAUCACAAAGGAGGCCACUACGGUGGCUAUAAGGUAAAAGUCAAGAAGCACAAGCAUAAGAAGGAUAAAAAAUACAAGUACUAAGAGAUGGCGAAUGGUAGGAAUUUGAUGGAUCCAGAACUAAACAAAGCAUCUUUGGUGUUGCUCUGGGAUUUUGUGGGACCAAGGCUCCGAGUUGUCAAGCUUGAAGGUUCCAGACUGGAUUUGGAUUGUGUUGUGCUAAUGCAGCCUGUCCUGCAUGAUCCCUGGCAAAUGUGGUCAAGUUACUGCUGUGGGAGAGGGCGCUAUAGUCUUGGGAACUUUGGCACUCUGACACAAGAAAACUCAAGCAUAAUAA